ACAGAGCCAGGUGACAUCGUGGUGGCCCAGGAAGCAUGCGGCUGUGGCACUGGGGGCCCUGAAGACUGCCUGUCUUGCAGGGAGGAAUGCUACGGUGGGCAGUGCACUUGGAAGGUGGGCCACGGAGGGUGAACCACGCAGCUGUGGCCGUCGGGCACAAGGUCUAUUCCUUUGGUGGAUAUUGUUCUGGAGAAGACUAUGAGACUCUGCGGCAGAUUGAUGUCCAUGUCUUUAAUGCAGUGUCUCUGCGCUGGAUCAAGCUGCCUCCAGUGUGGACAAACAGCCGAGACCAUGUGAGAGAGGUGCCUUACAUGAGGUAUGGGCACUCAGCAGUGCUCAUAGAUGACAUCGUCUACAUAUGGGGUGGUCGCAACGACACUGAGGGAGCCUGCAACGUGCUCUAUGCCUUUGAUGUCAACACGCACAAGUGGUUCACGCCAAAGGUAUCUGGAAUAGUCCCAGGAGCGAGAGAUGGGCACUCAGCUUGUGUCCUGGCAAAGAGCAUGUUUAUCUUCGGAGGCUAUGAGCAGCUGGCUGACUGCUUUUCAAACGAUAUCCAUAAAUUGGACACCACAAACAUGAUGUGGACCUUAAUCUCUGCCAAGGGUACGCCAGCUCGCUGGAGAGACUUCCAUUCAGCUACCAUCAUUGGAACAAAGAUGUACGUAUUUGGUGGCAGAGCUGAUCGUUUUGGACCAUUUCACUCCAACAAUGAGAUCUACUGUAACCGUAUUAAAGUAUUUGAUACAGAAACAAACUCCUGGCUGGACUCCCCUCCAACUCCAGUGCUCCCUGAAGGCCGGCGGAGCCAUUCAGCAUUCAGCUACAAUGGGGAGCUAUAUGUAUUUGGUGGCUACAACGCACGCCUCAACAGACACUUCCACGACCUCUGGAAAUUCAAUCCAGUUUCUCUUUCUUGGAGGAAGAUUGAGCCCAAGGGGAAAGGCCCAUGUCCUCGACGCCGGCAGUGCUGCUGCAGAGUGGGGGACAAAAUCAUUCUCUUUGGAGGCACCAGCCCAUCUCCAGAAGAGGGAAUGGGUGAUGAAUUUGACCUGAUGGAUCACUCAGAUCUCUACAUCCUCGACUUCAGCCCCAGUCUAAAGACACUGUGUAAGCUAGCAGUGAUUCAGUACAGCCUGGACCAGUCCUGCCUUCCCCAUGACAUCAGAUGGGAGCUCUCGGCCAUGACAACGAACAGCACCAUCAGCCGUCCCAUCGUCUCCUCCCAGGGCUGACGCCGGCUCAUCCCUCUGCCACCUUGCCCUCACCCCUCCACACACUGACCUCUUGCUCCACUGCCUGCAUGAGUUUUUAGCCCUUUCAAGCAA